CAUGACCGUAAAGACGUGCAGAGCCUUCUGGAAAAAAACGCUUUGUCUAUGAAGCGACGCGGUUCGAGACCAUCUGCCGCUGCUGUCCUUCUUGGGACAGCCCUUGCCAAUGUCUUACCACUGUGAUUGAGGACCCGACUGUGAUUAAAUAAAGAGGCGGACGCAGCGGGAGCUAAAUUUUGUUUCGCGAUGACAAGUGAAAAGCAAUAGAUAAAUAGAUAAAGACGUAAUUGAAGGAGUGAGUGGAUAAAUAUAUUGACAGGCUGCCCUCGAAAGGUUCAGCGUUUCACUUUGUGAGAUUUACCUUCGUUGCGAGCGCAAACAGUCUCAGAAGGAACUUACUUCGUGCACGCUACGGUCGUGGUGGAAAGUGAUGGGCGAGCGACUCGAAUUGUAUGACAGACUGCGUAUCAUAGGGAGGACAAAAAACCUUUGGGCACAUAGCCAGAGUCCACCUCCCCGAGUUGCAUAGAGUACAUCAGCCGACGGCGUUCGAUGCCACUGAUCGAAGCCUGCCCGGCUUCGCUUUGUCUAUCACGAAAAGCACUGCGGCAGUUCCGCGAUCCGCUGUCUCUCUACAGUACAUUCGGCAGAUCAGCAUGGUAUAGCUCUGAAUGCAGAAUGAGAAUUUUAUACCCUCUUUCUAGAUUUGAAAUACACAUGCACGAGGAAGAUAGGGUUUUUCUAAAUUUUUGGUCGCAACUACAAAUGAGUGGCGUUGUUGCCGGGUCAAUUCAGCAAGAAUGUAGUCACUCGGCUACGUUAAAGGAAGUUCGGUGUUUUUGAUAAUCCAAUUGUGCAGAGUCGGUUGCCUUCGGGUUUACUUUUGUCGAAGGAGGUGCUUUAGAAGGGCAAAGUGCGUGAGCGUAAAGACAAAGGCUGGAGGCGCAUUGCAGUGUGAGUGUGAGAGAGAUAAUGGGCAAGAGUAGGUCUUUAAACUCCUAUUAUUUCUCAGUUUGUCUACUUACUCAUACUCAGUGAUGGAUGAGGCUUUUUUUGGGACGCGGGUGGAGGGGUCUUUUUGGGACUUGGUCCCCCGCUUCUCCCUUUGUCCCCUUCUGAUUCGCAAAAAAACAAAAAA